CUGGGCCCCUGGCUGCUGCUGGUCUGUCUCCUGGUGAGCAGAAGCAUUACCCAGGAGGUGUCGAAGUACUGUAGCGACAUGAUUGGAAAUGGACACCUGCAGUUACUGCAGCAGCUGAUUGACAGUCAGAUGCAGACCUCGUGCCAAAUUGCCUUUGAAUUUGUAGACAAAGAGCAGUUGAAGGAUCCCGUGUGCUACCUUAAGAAGGCAUUUCUGCUGGUGCAAGACAGAAUGGAAGACACCAUGCACUUCAAAGACAACACGCUCAAUGCCAAUUACACCAUGCAACUGCAGGAACUCUCUUUGAGGCUGAAGAGCUGCUUCACCAAGGAUUAUGAAGAGCACGACAAGGCCUGUGUUCGAACUUUCUAUGAGACACCCCUCCAGUUGCUGGAGAAGAUCAAGAAUGUCUUUAAUGAAACAAAGAAUCUCCUUACAAAGGACUGGAAUAUUUUCAGCAAGAACUGCAACAACAGCUUUGCUAAAUGUUCCAGCCAAGAUGUGGUGACCAAGCCUGAUUGCAACUGCCUGUACCCCAAAGCAGCCCCUAGCAGUGACCUGGCCUCUGUCUCCUCUCACCAGCCCCUCACCCCCUCCAUGGCCCCUAUGGCCAACUUGACCUGGGCUGACUCUGAAGGGACAGAGGGCAGCUCCCUCUUGCCCCAUGAGCAGCCCCUUCACACAGUGGACCCAGGCAGUGCCAAGCAGCGACCACCCAGGAGCACGUGCCAGAGCCUUGAGUCUCCAGAGACUGCGAAUAUCGAGGACAGCCCCACUGGCAGUUCAUCACAUCCUCGCCCCUCUGGCGGGGCACCCAUCCCUGGAUUGGAGGAUGUUCUUGAUUCUGCACUGGGCAUUAACUGGGCCCUAGAAGAGGCCUCUGGAGAGCCUAGUGAGGGUCUGGUACUGCAAGGGGCAGAGCUUUCUCCUUCCAUGCCAGGAGGGGGCAGCAUCCAGGCAGAGACUGCCAGACCCAGCGACCUCCUCUCAGCAUCUUCUCCACCACCUGCAUCGGCAAAGGACCAACAGCCAGCGGUUGUAACUGGCACCACUUUGCCGAAGGUGGGCCCUGUGAGGCCCGCUGGCCAGGCCCAGAGUCACACCCCUGAGAAGACAGACCACUCACCUGCCCUGCUUAGAAACCACCAGGAGCUGGGCUCCCCCAGGGCCUCAUCGCUGCGCCCCCAAGGCCUCAGCAACCCCUCCACCCUCUCUGCUCAGCCAGAGCUUCCCAAAAACGACUCCUGGGGCAAUGUCCUGCCCCUUCAGGAGCUGGCGAGCAAGAGGAACACCAGGGGCCGAAGGAGCCCCACAGAGCUGGAAGGAGGAGGAGCGAGUGAGGGGGCGGCCGGGCCCCCAGCCCCUUUUAACUCCAUUCCCUUGACUGAUACAGGCCAUGAGAGGCAGCCCUUGCGACCCUCCGAUCCCCAGCUCCCUGGGUUUGCCUUCCGCCUGCUGGGGCCCAUCGUCAUCCUGGUCUUGCUAGCUGUCGGCGGCCUCCUGUUCUAUAGGUGGAGACGGCGGAACCGUCAAGAGCCUCAGACUGUGGAUUCUCUCAUGGAGGGGCCAGAGGGCAGUCCCCUGACCCAGGAUGACAGACAGGUGGAACUGCCAGUGUAGAGGGAAUUCUAAGCUGGGCACACAGGACAGUCUCUCCAUAGGAGGAGACAUUGUGGGGGCGCUCACCACCACUUCUCCCCAGCCAUCCUCCUGGGAAUAUGGCCUACCCACCGCUGGAGCUCCUGCCUGCCAGGACUGGACCAGGGCAGCCAGGCUGGGGUCCCUCUGCCUCGGCCCUCAGACCCUCGACUGACUGAGAGGGCUGGAGGAUGCCCCCAACGCUGCCGCUAUUUAUUGUGGGCCCUGGAGGCUCCCAUGCGCUUGAGGAAGUUUGGCAAGCGGGGCUCAGGACUUUCUUCCCUCAGGGGCUGUGCCCUCCUCCCACUCCUCUCCAAGCCAGCACCUGGGCAAGGGACCUUCUGGCCUGUGGCAUGUGGGAGAGCAGGGUGGACACUGAGGAGUGGAAGAGCCCUAUGCCCAGAGGACCCGCCCAGUGCCAAGGCAUCCCAACACUGACAGGCAGGGACCUGUCUCUGGAGAGAGGAGCCUGAGAUUCACAGGGCGGGACAGCGUCUGCCUGAUUUCCCGUAAGGGUGUGCAGCCCAAGAGAUGGGAGGAGGAGGCCUCUUGGCCUGCAGGUCUGCACUGAUAGCCUGAAGACGGUCUAUACCCUCUACCUGCCUACGCGCCCUCUGCUGGGUGCCAGGUGGAGAGGGCAGGCCAACCUUUCCUGGCCUGGCUUAUGAUGCCAAGAGGAGGACCAAGCUCUGGCCUCUGCCCUCCUGCCCUCCAGCCUCUGCCGAGCUUCUCUGGGAGGCCUGGCCGAGGCUCCCCACAUGAAGGAAGCCAUUGCACUGUGAACACUGAACCUGCCUGCUGAACAGCCUGCCCCGUCCACCCGUGAGCGAGCGUCCAUCUGUCCUCCCUCCCCUCCAGCCUCUCCCCAGCUUCCUACACUGAGCUGGCCUCACCUGUCGACUGAGGGAGCCCCUGAGCCCUGACCUUCUCCUGACCUGGCCUCUGAGUCCCAGGGCGGAGCCGGGUGGGAGAGCUGCCCUGGCCACCAGCCAGAGCCGGCUUUAGGCUGUGUUGUUCACCCAGGUUUUGCAUCUUGCACUUUGACAUUCCCAAGAAGGAAGUGAAUAGUAGGUGGGAGGGAGUAAGGGAGGGGAGAGGCAGAGAAGCUGCAGGGUGAGCUGACUGGAAAUGGGUCUUUGAAAUAUGGGUAUGCCCCGAGGCUGGGGGAGGUGUCUGCACCCCUGACUCCCCCAGCCCACUUUCCUUGCCCUGCUGCAGCAGGCACCUGAGGCUGAGCAGGUGUCCCUGUCAGGAGCCCACCUGCAUGGCAUCCAGCUCCCAUCCUCUUCCCACCCUUCUGUCUCCCUGGCCCCGGUAGGCAAUGAUAACCUCCACCUCUCAGCCCACUCCCGCACUACCACAAUCUUGACCAGGCAAGCCAGGGUGGGAGAAGGAGCAGGAGAUCCAGGCAUCUGCUUCCAGCUCUGCUCUGAGAGCCUCCGUUUCCUGGGCCAUGCCUCUUGAGACCUGGGCAAUGAGUGACAGGGCUGUUAAUUACCCAUUGGUCCCUUUGUGCUGCUGUGUCUCUCCUCCCCUGCUGCCCUGGGCCCUCCACUGAGACCCUGCCCUACCUGGCCACUAGGUCCAUGACCUUCCCUUCCUGCCCCAGAAAGUGAGGGUCUGCUGGCCCUGCCUUCCCUGUCCUGAUGCCAACAGCCAGGGAAGGGCAGCGAAGAACUUUCACAUGGGACUCUUCCUUCCAGUCACAGACUCCAGUUGCUAGAAAACAUAUUUAAAAGUGGAAGAAGACAGAAAAAAAGGGAUUUGUUCCUUAUCUCUCUACCUUAAACGUACAGUAUUUUAAAAGUCAAAAAAGUGAACCCAACCCACUGUAGAAGCUCUUUGUGGGCACUUGAUGACAUCGGAACAGGAGGGAUCCCAGAGCCACCUCUGGGUGUCCCCCAGCCACCUGCGUGGAAACCCCUUCUUUUCUCUGAGAAAGCUGAGAGGGAACAUUGGCUCAUGUAUUGUGAGAUCUUGUUUUUAUAUUUGGAAGUGGUGAAUUAUUUUAUAUAAAGUCAUUUAAAUAUCUAUUUAAAAAAUAGGAAG